AUGGCACGCCUUGCUGACCUCGCAACCGACCUCGCCACACCUGGACCGCCGGGCGCCACUGAGGCGCUGGCUCGCGAGGUAGCUGCAUUUGGCGAGUGGGCCCGUGACGUCGAGGCAGCAUGGUCUGACGACGAGCGCCAUACUGUCCUGCGGGCGCUCUUUGAUCUCGUAGCGCUCGACGACGGGCACAUCCUUGUCCCACUCGGCCUCACCAUCCUGGCGCUCGGCUACUCGCUGCCUGUUGUGGUGCUGAACGCGUCCAAGCUCCUGUUUCGGCUCUCCAAGAAAGAAGCCAACGACACGCACUUUGCGGCCAACGCGGCAAGCGCUAGCGAGCUUGUCGAGACCGUAGCAAGAGCGCCGCUCGGCUCGUCGACCGCGCUCUUUGCGCUCGGCACGCUCAAGAACGUGUGCGCCGGCUCCAAAACCGUCCUCAAGGCUGUCCUUCGUGCCGAGCUCACCAGUGUGCUUGCCGAUCUCGUCUCGCCGGCGACGGUGGCAGAGCUCAUCGCACAGGCCGAGAACGAUGGCGAGGCGCGUGCCGGUCAGACGCUGGUCCAAGUCACCGCACUGUUGCGGACAUGCCUCAACCUCAACGCCGCCGUCGAACUUGUGGUCGGCGCGGGCGUCCUGCCCUCGCUUGUCGCCCUCCUUGACCGCUUUGCCAAGCAUUCGGAGCUGAGCCUCAACGUGGCGCGGGUCCUGUCCAAGGCCUCGCUCCUGGCAGGUGCCGCCGACGAGCUGGCGCGCGACGCAAGCGGGCUAGGCAAGACUAUGCUACGCGUGCUGCGGAGCCAGGCGCAGCGCCAUCCGCUUGUUGUCCGCCUCGCUUUUGCGCUCGGCAACGUGACGACCCAGCGGCCGGCGGUGUGUGCGGCGCUGGGCAGCCGCCGCUUUGUGAGUGGACUCCUCUCCGCCAUCGACCGCUACGUAGCAAGCCACGAGCAGCUGACUGCGGCCGAUAGCAGCUCCGAUGACGACACCGCGCGCGCAGAGCGGCUGGCACUGGAGGAGGUGCUGGUCAAGGUCGUCCGGCUGACCGCAAACUUGUGCGUCGACCACGCGGUUGGCGAGCGGGUUGCGUGCGCGUCGCAGCUGGAGCGCGUCCUCGACCUGAUGGAGCGGCUGGCAGUGGAGAACUCGGAGGAGCUUGUGCUCAAUUGCGUGGCGCUUGUUACCAACGUCUCGUUCUUUGCCCAGUCCGAGGCGAGCGAAGGCAACGUGGUGCUGGCAGGCCGGGCGCGUGUGGUCCGCCUGUUGCUUCCGCUCCUGCUGCAGCCCAACUGGGAGAUGGUGUACCACGUGGCGCGGGCGUACGGCAACUUUUCGCGAUUUGAAGACAUGCGUGUGCUGAUGGCCAAGCUGCGCGCCGACGAGGCCAUGGCUGUUCUCCUCGACUCUGACAUCGACGACGUGGUUUUUGCCGUUGCUGGCGUCGUCACCAACCUGCAGGCGUCGCCGGCGUCCAAGGCUGCGCUGCAGCAGCACGGCGGCGUUGAUGCGCUCAUCCGCGUCGUGGGCUCGAAAGCCGCCGACGCCGAUCUGCUCGACGCUCCGUCAGCGCUCCGGGUUCUCGACGUUGCGUGCAAGGCGCUGUACAACUUUGGCCACAAGAACAGCCAGUGGCCGUUCUCGGCGGCCCAGGCCGCGGCGCUCGAGGCCUCGCUCACCGCGCUCCUCGAGCGGGUGGAGCAGCGCGAUCUCGCUCCCGAUACCUCGCCCGCAGCCACCGCUGCUGCCUGCUUUGCCAUGGUCGGCUACAAGUUGCUCGAGAUGGUCGAGGCCGUUGUCCACCCACCCGCACCCGCCAGCCCCGCCGCCACUCCCAACUAG